AUGACUAUUAGCCAUCAAUUCAUUCUUACUGAAUCAAAUGACCAUGUAAUUUCACAGGAGUCAGAGAAGAGGAGGAGAAUUGAAGAAGCAUACAAAAAUGCUGUGACAGAACUGAAGAAAAAGUCCCACUUUGGAGGGCCAGACUAUGAGGAAGGUCCUAAUAGUCUGAUUAAUGAAGAAGAGUUCUUUGAUGCUGUUGAAGCUGCUCUCGACAGACAGGAUAAAAUGGAAGAACAGUCCCAAAGUGAAAAGGUUAGAUUACACUGGCCAACAUCCUUACCUUCUGGAGAUGCAUAUUCUGCUGUGGGGACUCAUCGAUUUGUUCAAACGCCCUAUAGUCGCUCUUCCUCCAUGUCUUCCAUUGAUCUAGUCAGUGCCUCUGAUGAUGUUCACAGAUUCAGCGCCCAGGUGGAAGAGAUGGUACAAAACCAUAUGACAUAUUCCUUGCAAGAUGUAGGAGGAGAUGCCAAUUGGCAACUAGUGGUAGAAGAAGGAGAAAUGAAGGUAUACAGAAGAGAAGUGGAAGAGAAUGGAAUAGUUUUAGAUCCUUUGAAAGCAACCCAUGCUGUUAAAGGGGUAACAGGGCAUGAAGUCUGCCACUACUUCUGGAACGUUGAUGUUCGUAAUGACUGGGAAACAACAAUUGAAAACUUCCAUGUUGUGGAAAAUUUAGCUGAUAAUGCAAUCAUCAUUUACCAGACACAUAAGAGGGUGUGGCCAGCUUCUCAAAGGGAUGUGCUGUAUUUGUCUGCCAUCAGAAAGAUACCAGCAUUUAGUGAAAAUGAUCCUGAAACCUGGAUUGUGUGCAAUUUCUCUGUAGAACAUGACAGUGCUCCUCUGAAUAAUCGCUGUGUCCGUGCCAAAAUCAAUAUUGCUAUGAUUUGUCAGACAUUAGUAAGCCCACCAGAGGGGAACAAGGAAAUAAGCAGGGACAACAUCCUAUGCAAGAUUACAUAUGUAGCUAAUGUGAAUCCAGGAGGAUGGGCGCCAGCAUCAGUUUUACGGGCAGUGGCAAAACGAGAAUAUCCAAAAUUCUUGAAGCGUUUUACAUCCUAUGUGCAGGAGAAAACAGCAGGAAAGCCUAUUUUAUUCUAGUGUUAGCAGCGAUUGGAACAAGACUGAGUGAGCAUUCCACGUUGGAGAAGUGACCAUGCAUAGAGCACUCCAUGCUGGAACGAAGGAUCUACAGUCUUUUUAUGGCCCAAGUUCUAGGCUUUAUCUACUGAAGUGAAGAAGGUGUUGCAACACCAUGAAGCUGAAUAUUUAACACUAGCUCUUUCCUGCUAACUUUUCUUGCUGAAUCAGUGUGCAAUUAUAAAUACAUGUAUUGAUAACAUGUAUAUGGCUCUAUUUUGAUUUGCUUGCUUUAGAAGAGGAAGAAUGCAUACAACUUUGAAUCUCCAAUGUGGGUUACUGCUUUAAUUUUAAACAAGUUGCAGAAUUUCACUGUCAACCUUCCUAAGAUACUCACAGUUUUUGUGCAUGUCUAAAAAGCACAAAAGGCAAAUGCACAUAUAGCAUACUGUAUGUGCUUUAUGUGCACAAAAAUCUGUGUGGUAUUUUGGGGGGGAGGGAGGGACUUCACUAAAGCCUAGGUGACUUAUUAGUAAGUUUUGUUUUGCUUUGUAUAAUCACAGUUCAUUGCUGCUGGUUUCUAUACCAAUCAUCUUGUCACAUAAAAUGUCAGUUAAUAACUGAGGGCUGUCAAUAUCCCUAUGACUUUGCCUUUUCUAUUGUCUUACUCUUAUGACGAUCUUUAGUUCUGAAGGAG